AAGUGGCCAAGAUUUGGAAAGAAGUAGAAUAAACCGAGAGAGGCCACGAUGUCAUAAUUGUCAGUUGACAAUUGGGAGGUUUAUACCAUGCUUGCGUUGUUGCGCAAAGGCAAAAGAAUGUCAUGUCUUGUCACCGCAACAUUCCUUCCUUCUUCACCUGCUGCUCUUUCCGUCCAUAAUUUCAAGAAUAUCAACACUUCACAUCAUCUUCUUCUUCCGAGGUUAUUGGGCUUAAGACCCAAUAUUGGAUUCAGUGGGAGAUAUUGGGGUUUAGUGAGAGGAAUGGCAACAAAAAUGGAUAGCAUUCAGCAAAACCCAGACUCCAUUUCGUACCUAAACCAGCAAGAAGCUGCUGAAAUUGAUGAGAUACUCAUGGGCCCUCUUGGUUUUACUGUUGAUCAACUUAUGGAAUUGGCUGGCUUGAGUGUUGCCACUGCAAUUGCAGAGGUCUAUCGACCAAGUGAGUACAGUCGUGUUCUUACUAUUUGCGGUCCUGGAAACAAUGGCGGUGAUGGUCUUGUAGCUGCUCGUCAUCUAUAUCACUUUGGCUAUAGGCCAUUCAUAUGUUACCCUAAGCGUACUGCUAAGCCUCUUUAUAGUGGCUUGGUAACUCAGCUCGAGUCGCUCUCAGUUCCUUUCUUGUCAUUGGAAGAUUUGCCAAAGGACUUGUCUGACGACUUUGACAUUCUAGUAGAUGCAAUGUUUGGAUUCUCGUUCCAUGGUAGUCCAAGGCCACCUUUUGACGAAUUAAUUCAGAGACUGGUGGCACUAAAGAUUAAUAACGAUACGCAUCAGAAAUCACCUGUCGUCGUCUCUAUUGAUAUUCCGUCUGGAUGGCACGUCGAAGAAGGAGAUCUAAGUGGUGAAGGUAUUAAACCUGACAUGCUGGUUUCUCUAACUGCCCCUAAGUUGUGUGCCAAAAGGUUUUCUGGCCCGCACCACUUUUUAGGUGGCAGAUUUGUUCCACCAUCCAUUAGAAACAAAUUUAAUCUCCAAUUACCAGCAUAUCCCGGCACUUCCAUGUGUGUCCGAAUUGGAAAGCCUCCAAAAAUUGACAUAUCAUCUCUGAGGGAGAACUAUAUUUCUCCUGCGCUGCUUGAGGAGGAGGUCACCGCUGACCCCUUUGAUCAGUUCCAGAAGUGGUUUGAUGAUGCAAUAGCAGCAGGCUUGAAGGAACCAAAUGCCAUGGCCUUGUCAACUACUGGCAAAGAUGGCAAGCCUUCAUCAAGGAUUGUAUUGCUGAAAGGUUUUGACAAGGAUGGUUUUGUCUGGUACACCAAUUAUGAAGGUGGCAAGGCUAAACAAAUAGCUGAAAAUCCUCAUGCCGCACUCCUGUUUUACUGGGAUGAUUUGAAUCGCCAGGUAAGAAUCGAAGGGCCUGUGCAAAAAGUUCCAGAUGAAGAAUCUGACCAAUAUUUUCACAGUCGUCCUCGAGGAAGUCAGAUUGGUGCCAUAGUUAGCCAGCAGAGCACAGUUAUUCCGGGAAGGCAAGUGCUCCUUGACGAAUACAAACAGUUGGAGGCAAAAUACUCUGAUGGAAGUGUGAUUCCCAAACCAAAGCACUGGGGAGGCUACCGGCUUAAACCUGAAAUGUUUGAAUUUUGGCAAGGACAGAAAUCUCGCUUGCAUGACAGGUUGCGUUAUAUCCCGGAAACAGUUGAUGGAAAGACGGCGUGGAGGAUUGAGCGAUUGGCUCCAUGACUUGUGUUGAGGGCAUCUUCAUUAUGAGGAUGCCAAUUGUUGUUCUUUCCUUUCAUAUUCUCUUCUUUCCGCGUAUUUGAUCAUGGGCGUGUAUAUUACAGAGAGUUGAGGCAACUGCAUAAACCAAUAAAAUUCUUCUCAUCAUGGCAAAAUUUUAGGGAUAGAUUUAAGUUUCAUGCACGGAAGUUUAAAGAUAUUUUAUAUGGUCAGUGUGGCUUAACCCAUGAAAACAGAUUAGUUACUAUUUAAUGUUUAUAAUAGAGAGCUACAUGUAGUUACAUUUUAAGUGACAUGAUUCGAUAGAUCUUUUUACUGUUAGUCAUAGAACUUACUGUA